AUGCAUUCUAAUCAAUUUGAUGAAGAUGGCGAUCCUUAAGAAUAAUUUCUUGAAGCAUUUAAAGAAUUGCUUGAAAUUUAGAAUUAGAGAAUGCAAAAUGGAAAUGACUUAAUAAAUUAAUAUUGUCCUCAAUUACUCUACCCACUCAUUAUUCCCACUUAAAUACCUAACACCUUUAUUAUAAACAUGGGUCCAUAUUAUCCUCAUAUAUAAUAACCUUAAUUACAUCCAUAGAUGACUCAAUAAUAAAGAACACCACAAUAACCUUAACAAAAUCUGUUCUAAAAUCGUUAAAAUAUCAAAGAAGAAGAGCAAGAUGAUAUCAAAUAAUCCAAAGGGAAUUGGCUGCAAUAAAAAAAAUAAUGA